UUCACUGGCAACUUCGUAGGAAAAAAAGUGUAAUUAGCCAAUAAGAUGUUGAAACGUGUCAAUUACAUGGGAGUUUGAGACCCAAUUGGACCCAACACAUAAGUAAUCUGCCAAUGUCAGCUAAAGCAUGUUUCCUUCUGCUUUCAGUUUCAGGCUACCCUUGUAGAAGAAGGAAAUUUGUCGUCGGACAAUGAAUAGUAUUAGUAACAGUGUCACUCUUUUUGUUCUCUUUCCAUAUAUAUACCUUACUUGAUCAGAGCAUUUCAUUCUCACAGAGCAAGCAAGUGUUCACUGGUUAUUGAUAUUUCUGCAAGCACUUAAAUGGCCAAGACGGUCAAGUUGUUUGGAUUUGCUUCAAUUAAGCCUGCAAAAGCAGUGAAAAAAUUUGUGGAGAGAUAUACGGGUAAAGGAACAGUCUAUGAGGUAGUAGAAGUUGGGCAAAAAGAAGGUUCAAGAGCAUAUGCCAUAGUUGAAUUCACAACCAUGGAAGCUGCAGAGUUAAUCGUCUCAGAGGCUGCAGAAGUACAUAUAUGGGAUGGAGAUUCUUACCUGAAAGCUUGUUAUUUGGACCGUGAUAACAAGUCACCAAAGGCAGGUAUCCCACAGCAGAGGAUUGACAAAGGAAAAUUGAACUUUGGCUGCCAAAUUUCAGAGGAGAAGUUUUCUGUGCUCUGGUCACAGAAAAAUGUUACUUUGAAAUUUGAUUCGGAUCUCAGAAAUUUUAGCUUCUUUUUAUCAUAUGAUUCUGUGGAAUAUGAGCUCGAGGUUCCAUAUGAGACAAUUUGGCAGAUUGAGUUAAGACGCCCACUUGGUCAAUCUGUGAAGUUUCUUGUCAUCCAGUUGUAUGGUGCUCCUCUUAUUUAUAAGAGAGAUAUCCACCGGGACCGGACAGUUGAUUUUACUCCGUCCUCCUGCAUUGGACAUUCAUCUGCUAUGUGUUUAGAGCUUCCAGGCAGGGGCCAUGUUCCAAGAGUUCUGAAGGAUUUCUUUUUCUACAAGGAAAGCCGAGGAAAGUUCAGUCUAGAGGAAGGUUCUACUUUCUCCUGCAAUUAUGAUCUUGUCCCGAUUAUAAGUCCCCCACAAGACAUUAACGUGCCAUUUAGGAUCUUGUUCAAAAUCAAUUCCUUGAUUCAGCAUGGUUGUAUUCCCAGACCAGCACUUGAUGUCAGAUUCUUUCGCUUUGUUGAUCCAAGCAGAAUCGAUAUAGCAUUCAUAGAACAUGCUUUGGAGAAGCUGUUUAAUCUAAGAGAAUGCUGCUAUGACCCUGUAAGUUGGCUCAGAGAUCAAUACACAAACUACUCUAAGUCUAAGACUCAUCUUGGAUCGCCUGCCAUUGCCUUGGAUGAUGGGUUAGUGUAUGUGCACAAGGUUCUGGUAACCCCCACUAAAAUAUACUUUUGUGGUCCAGAAGUUAGUCUUUCCAAUCGUGUCUUACGUAGUUAUCCUGAUGACAUUGAUAAUUUUCUUCGUGUUUCUUUUGUUGAUGAGGGUAUGGAUAAACUGUAUUCAACAGUUUUAGCUCCUAGGGAAGCGAAGCGUACUGGAAUUUAUCAAAGGAUACUGUCAACUCUCCGAAAUGGCAUAGUCAUAGGAGACAAGAAGUUUGAAACGCUCGCUUUUUCAAAUAGUCAAGUAAGAGAGCAUACUUUAUGGAUGUUUGCAUCUAGACCUGGGCUUACUGCAGCAGAUAUUAGAGAGAGCCUGGGAGAUUUUCGUGAGAUAAAGAACGUAGCAAAAUAUGCAGCCAGACUAGGCCAGUCUUUGAGUGCAUCCAGGGUAGCUGUUCAUGUUGAUCGGAAGGACAGCGAAAUCAUUCCUGAUGUAGAAGUUAUUAAGAAUGGAAUUAAAUAUGUUUUCUCCGAUGGAAUCGGGAAAAUAUCUUCUGAAUUAGCUCAAGCAGUGGCUAAAAAAUGUGGUUUCACUAGCUAUAUUCCGUCUGCAUAUCAAAUUAGGUAUGGUGGAUUCAAAGGUGUUGUAGCUGUUGAUCCAAAUUCUUCAGUGAAGUUAUCAUUAAGGCGCAGUAUGUUAAAAUACGAAUCAGACAGCACUAGUCUAGAUAUUUUGGAAAAUAGCAAAUAUCAGUCUUUUUUUCUAAAUCGCCAGUUGAUCACCCUUUUAUCAACUCUUGGUAUUAAAGAUGGUGUCUUCGAAAGGAAGCAGAGAGAGGCCAUAACUCAAUUAGAUGCUAUUUUGACAGACCCUUCAAGGGCACUUGAGGCACUUGGAUUGAUGUCUUCAGGGAAUGGUACAAAUGUUCUGAAGGAAAUGCUUAAGUGUGAUUAUAGGCCAGAUUCAGAACCGUUUCUCUCGCUGAUGCUACAGACGUUCCGUACAUCAUACCUGCAGGACCUACGAACUAAAACAAGGAUAUUUCUGCCCAAAGGACGAGCUAUGAUGGGAACUCUGGAUGAGACAGGGACGUUAAAAUAUGGACAGGUCUUUGUGCAGUAUUCUCACUCUCGAUGUAGUCAAUUUUCUGAUAAUUUCUCCUCGCUGCCCCAUGGAAAUGAAUCAGGUGAACUUACUGUUUGUGAGGAAAUGGUAGUGGUUGCUAAAUGUCCAUGUCACCAUCCGGGAGAUAUCCGUGUUUUAAAAGCUGUGGAUGUGCCAGCGUUGCGCCACAUGGUUGAUUGUGUGGUUUUUCCAGCAGAAGGAGAAAGACCCCAUCCAGAUGAAUGUUCGGGGAGUGAUCUUGAUGGAGACAAUUAUUUUGUAUGUUGGGAUCGUGAUCUCAUUCCUCCUUAUCAGUUUUUGCCCAUGGAUUAUAGGCCAGAACCAGCGAAGGAUCUGAGUCGUGAUGUUACGAUUGAGGAUGUUGAGGAGUACUUCGUGGACGUUAUUGUCAAUGACAGCUUGGGCAUAAUCAGUCAUGCCCAUCUAGUCUUCGCAGAUAAAGCACCUAUGAAGGCAAGGAGUAAGCAAUGUCUUGAGCUUGCCCGACUAUUCUCCAUUGCUGUGGAUUUUCCAAAAACAGGUGUGGCAGCCAAAAUACCAGAUGAACUACGGGUCAAGAAAUAUCCAGACUUCAUGGAUAAGCCAGACCAUAUGACCUAUCAAUCAAAGCGUGUAAUUGGAAGGCUGUAUCGAGAGGUAAAACGCAUUGCAUCACCUAGAGCCGCUAUUAAAUCCUUCACCAAGGAAGUAGCAAUGCGGUCUUUUGAUUUUGAUAUGUCAGUGAAUGGUUUUGAGAAAUAUAUCGAUGAAGCUUUCUAUUACAAAUGUGAGUAUGAUAGUAGGUUGAGUAACCUGAUGAAGCAUUAUGGAAUUGAAACUGAGGCUGAAAUUGUCAGUGGAUACAUCAUUAAAAUGGCUAAAUGUUUUGAAAAGAAAAGGGUUUUGGAUGCAGUUACUUCUGCCACAAGGUCCAUAAGAAAGGAAGCCAAGGCCUGGUUCGACAAGGCAAGUGAGUCAGGUUCUAGCAAUUCUGAUGCUGGUGAAAUGUAUGCAAAGGCUUCAGCAUGGUAUUAUGUCACAUACCAUCCUAGUUACUGGGGUCGAUGCAUAGAAGAAGGAAUUACGUGUGAACAUUUUCUCAGCUUUCCAUGGUGUAUUAAUGACACGCUCAUUGAAAUCAAGAAGAAAAAGAAAAAUGAGCGACUAAGAGCCGGUAGCGGACAAAAUAUUUCAUCGCUACUGCACCAUCUUGACUGUGGAUUGCACAUUUAGUUUGGUGGGGUGAUUUGAAUGGUGUUGGGCAUCUGAGAAUCUGAAUAUGCUUGUUCCUAUAUAACUAUUAAGCAGCCUGUGCGAUAGCAGCUUUAGUUCCUUUACCCUACGGCUGAAGUGAAUUGUUGUAAUAUAUGUAUUUUCAAAGUGUUUUGUGAUCAGUAGAACUGGAAACUUGUUUUCAGUUCAUGUAAUAUAACAGAGAGUGAUGCUAUGAUGUAGUAGAUUUUUCUUUUUUUC